ACGAGCUCAGAAUUCGUUGGUCCAUACAGUAUACCCGGUCAAGUUUCAAACGGUCUUUAAUCGGUUGGUUUACGCAUUCAUUUUAUGCACUGGUGUACAUGUAAUUUUCCAAUUUUUAUAGAAAUCCAUCCAUAAUAUCCCAGAAUGACAGAGCACAAUUUUCCACCGUUGAAAAAUGAUCGUCUGCUUCGAGCAGCCCGAGGAGAACCUGUGGACAAAGUUCCUGUUUGGAUUAUGCGACAAGCAGGAAGAUAUUUACCAGAAUUUAGAGAGACCCGGUCAAAAUCUGAUUUUUUUACCAUUUGCCGAACUCCUGCUCUUGCAUGUGAAGUUACACUGCAACCGAUCAGACGAUUCGAUUAUGAUGCUAGUAUCAUAUUCUCAGACAUCCUCGUCAUACCUCAGGCAAUGGGGAUGGAAGUAGAAAUGAGACCUGGGGUGGGUCCAGUGUUACCGGAACCUCUUAUAGACCCAUCUCAUUUAUCCAGAUUAGUGAGGCCGGAUGUUGACAAGGCCUUGAGUUAUGUUGGCGAUGCGAUUACUUUGACACGACAAAGUUUACAGGGCAAAGUGCCGCUAAUAGGUUUCACAGGUGCACCUUGGACUUUGAUGGGCUACAUGGUGCAAGGUGGCGGCAGUUCAACAAUGCCCCUACCCCGACUUUGGCUUUAUCGAUACCCAAAAGCAUCGCAUCAGUUAUUGCAGCUUAUAACUGAUAUCGUAAUUGAUUAUCUGGUUCUGCAAGUAAAAGCUGGUGCUCAGCUUCUUCAAGUAUUUGAGAGCUCUGGAGAUUUCUUAAAUGACGAACUCUUCCAAAAUUUCUCCCUGAAAUAUUUGAAGUUGAUCAGAGAGGGUGUACAGAACAAACUUGUUGAGCAAAACAUUCCAUUAGUUCCAAUGACUGCAUUUCCCAAAGGGGCAACCCUGAAUUCAUUAGAAAUGCUUGCAAAGGAAGGUGGUUACGACGUCAUUGGACUCGAUUGGACCAUAGAUCCUAGUGAAGCACGGGCUCGCUUAGGACCAAAUGUUACACUGCAAGGAAAUAUGGACCCUUGUGCUUUAUAUGCUUCGGAGGCUGAAGUGUUUGAGCGCGCUGCAGAACUGGUCAGGAAGUUUGGAAAACAUCGAUAUAUUGCAAAUUUAGGGCACGGUAUAUUACCUGAUGGGCCAAUUACAUCUGUGGAAGCAUUUAUUGCCGGAGUCCACUCUGUAUGAUGCGCAUCUUUCAUCAUUAUUGACGGUCGCCGUGGGCCACCAGAAUGGUAGGUAGUAUGACUGUACCAGAAUGUAUGUGAGUGAGCAACUUUAUUACGGUCAAUGAGCUGAAGCGUUAACAAGUUAAUGAAAAUAGUAAAAAAAUAACCUGAAAUAAUGGAAAAUUUUAUUGCAAAAAAGCGUUAUCAGGGGACCUCCUAGAUCGUAAAUCAUUUUUGUAAAGUGGACCGUACUAUACAAACUUGACAGUAAGUACAAUCCUGGGACAAGUAGGCCAGUCCUGCUACAUACCUUAUCAAUACAGCUUGUUGACUGUCACUUUUACAAAAGCAUAUUAAUUACGAAUUAUAUUAAAAUUUCAGAAAUUGUUUUUUUUUUCACAUUCUAUCAUUGUUAAAAAUAAAAUUGCUCAGACAAUUGAAUGAUCCAA